AUGAGCCAAAUGAGCAGUGUGGCUGCAGUCGCGCGCCCUGAAGAGGUGCACGAGGAGAUCACCGAAGAAGAUGCAGCGGCAAUGAAGGAGCUGGAUAGGGAGGCUAUGAAGCUUGACUCGGAAGUCAUCACCGAGGUGCAAAUUGACGGCAUGGUGCUGAUGAAGCUUGUAAAGCACUGCAAAGACAACCACGCGAGCAACGGCACGAACGCGUGGGGCACAUUGCUUGGUGUUGAUGUCGGCGGCACAUUAGAAGUGUCCAACGUGUUUGGACUGCCGAACGCACGCAGCGAGCGCGGCGAUGAGGAGGAACGCAGCACCAGAACAGCGAUGCAAUACAUGACCGAGAUGCUGCGGCUUUUGCGUCAGGUGAGCGCAGAUGUGAACUCUGUCGGACUUUACCAGGGGUGCUUUGUCGGCACGUUUCUUAACUCUGCCGUCGUGGACGGCCUCAACAUGCUUUCUGCCCUCAUGGAGCGCGAAGGCAAUCAGGGCUGGGGCAAGGCCGUGCUUGUCGUGCUCGACUAUGCACAGCUUGCACAGGGAAAUACAACUGUCAAGGCGUACCGCCUUUCUCCAGCAUUUGUGGAUGCAUACCGCAAGACAAAAUUCCAGGUGCAGAGCUUAAUCGAUUACCGCCUCACCUUCUCCAACAUCCUCAUUGAGAUCCCGAUUCAGAUGCGCAAUUCGGCACUGCUGGACGCUUUUAUCUCUACACUCACCACCGAAAACACGCCAGUGCCGCGCCUCGUGCCGCAGACGAGCAAAGAGAGCUUGCUUGCGCCGCCCUCCGCGCACGUUCCUCCCAGCUAUAUGGACCUCAAUCUUGCCCUCGAGCCCGUCCUGGUUUCGAGCAUGGAGACCACCCUCGACACCCUCGAGAACUGCGCGGCAGAGGCCGGCAACGUGGGCUACCAAUCUCGCCAGGUCGCGCGUGAAAAGGCGCGUGCCGACGCAUACGUCACCCGCCGCAAGGCCGAAAAUGCAUCGCGCGUGGCAGCGGGCCUUGCGGCCUUGCCAAUCGACGACGUACACAAACUGUUUAAGAUUCCUGCAGAGCCGAACCGCCUGGAAAGCAUGCUUUUGCUCCACCAGCUCGACCAUGCGGCCGCGCGCCUCUCGGAGACUGCCAUGGUUGGGUCUGUACAGCUGGACGCUGCACGGAUGGGCACAGACUAG